AUGUCGGAGUUGCCCUCAGCCACUCGGGAUAAACCGCUUAUGACGCUCGCCAUUCCAGGAUCACAUCUUAGUGGCAGCUGCAGUCUGAAGGAAGAUGGCGAAAUAACGCCCGAUCAAGCGUGGUGUGUUCGGGUACUCAAUUCCAAUGAUAUGAUACGGAAAGCUGUCUACAACUGGUCUCGUGUACAAGUGCUGUCCAUCAAACAGCAGUUGGAAGCGGGUGUUCGAUUUCUGGAUGUACGUGUGGCAGCGAUUAAUGAAAGCUUUUACGUGGUGCAUGGGCUACGAGCCAUGGAAAUUAGAGAAUUAUUCAAGAGAGUGGAUGAUUUUGUAUCACUGCAUCCGAAAGAAGUAAUUUUGAUUGAUAUCAACCAUUUCUAUGAGUUCCACGAGCAGCAACACGAGAAGUUACUUGAUAUGAUCAGUACCUUAUUCGGCGAUCGACUGAUCAAUCGGCCGGCAACAACUCGAACUGCUAUGAGCUACACACUGAACAAAAUCUGGAACGGUGCUGGAAGGGUGAUAGUUUUCUAUCAACCACCGUUACCUUCGCCGGACACUACUGAUAUAAAUGGACAUGCUGGACCAUCAGAUAUUAUCAAACUGCCGAACUAUGUGUGGAGUCGACAAUUCAUCAAAAGUCCUUGGCCAAAAACCGAAGAUACGCGUCGUAUGAUUGACGAAGUGGCCGACAUAAUACAGUCACGGGUACUUGAAGAUGGUUUCCAGGUUUGCCAGGCCAUAGUAACUCUGACCGUAAACUCGAUCAUCCGCCAGCCAACGGGCACAUUUGAGGCUCGCUUCGGGCGACGCGCCACCAGGGCAUUGGUUGACUGGCUCCGACGUGUAAGUACCAUUCCACUUUUUACAUUGCUCGAGGAAAUAACUUUUGCAAAUACGUAGCA